GUAGUGAAAAUAUGGCUAAAUACAUUGCUCAAAUUAUAGUUCUAGGUGCCCAAGUAGUGGGGAGAGCUUUUGCCAGAGCUCUAAAACAAGAAAUAGCUGCGUCGCAGGAGGCAGCGAAGCGAGCUGGUGGUGGCGCCGAAGGCACCAGAAGAGCGGCUGCAAAUGCCUCCACAGGCCUCACACUAGAAGAAGCAAUGCAGAUACUGAAUUUAGACAAAUUAGAAAAGGAUAAAAUUAUACGAAACUACGAACAUCUGUUUCAAGUCAACGAUAAAGCCAAAGGUGGCUCCUUCUAUUUACAAUCCAAAAUUGUUAGAGCAAAAGAAAGAAUAGACGAAGAAUUCAAACAUGCGAAGGAUGACAGCAAAAAGAAGGAGGCGCCGAGUCCAGCAAAGGACACAUCAUGAAACAAUGUUAACUAACUUGGACUAGAGCUACUAUUUUUAUUGUUGUAGAUAUUGUUUUUAGUUAAAAACAUGUUCAGUUUUGUAAAAUAUUUAUUGCGUAGAAAAUGGAUACCACAAUAGUGACUAGAAUACAUCAGUCUUCAUAACAUACAUUGUUGAUUACGCAUUACAAAAUUACAAAAGAUGUAAAAAUAAUUCCUAAAAACAAAGUCACAAUUCAUAAACCCAUUAAUGCUGAAGCAUAAUGUCCUAAAAUAAUUAGAAAUCAAUAAAUAUUUGUUAUGCAUUA